GUCACGUGGUACACGGAGACAACGGUCCACGGGGCGCGGCACUCUGGGAUUUGUAGUCCUGGUUCCCCUGGGCGGGAGAGCACUACAGUUCCCAGGGUGCACCCGGCUCCGGCCGCCAUCAUGGUGCGGGGCAUGGUGCUGCUGUCCCUCGGGCCUGGGGAACUGUGCCGCCUCAUCUACUCCCGCAGCUGGGCGGCCGAGCGGCAGCCGGGCCCGGCAGGCAGGGAGAGCCCCGCCGAGGCCGAACUCCGCCAUCAGCAGCAGAGAUUGCGGAGUAAGGAGCAGCUGGCGGCCGUGGCCAGGCAGGUGAAGUCUUCUUGUAUCCUGUCUCGCCAAGCUGCAGAGAAGCCCGUUCCUGAUUUUGGGUCUGUGAUCACCGAGGAACUCGCUGGCUCUCAGGAUUUGGACUUGGGCGUGUUCCGCCUCCCAGCUGGUGACAUUUAUGCGGAGGAGACCACUGUGGUAUGGGCGGCAGUCCUUUCCCUGGGCUUUGCCUUGAUCUGCGACCCCCAUGAGAACCUAAUGCUGGCAGAAAAUACCCUGAAAAUGAUAGUGAAGUACUUCAUGCAGCAUUUGAACCUGUUGGUUCAAGGCAAUGAUGUUGUCCUGAAGACCGACAGAAUCGAGGCAAUCCUGAACACGUUUUUGCCACACGGACAGCUGAUGUUUCUGAACUGUUGCUUCAUUCAGAGCCUAGAGAAGGAACUGAAUGCUUCAAUAUUCAAAUGAUGCCCCUUGCUUUUGUUUCUGCCAUCCCCUCACUCUCCUGCCAGCUCCUUUUCCCUCUCAGCUUUGCUCUUCCACUUCGCUGAAGGUUCCGUGCUUUUGCCAGCUGGUCCUUUGCUCAGUUUGGAGUGAUGUGGGGGAAGAGGCUCUGUGUUUCUGUCCAUGCUUGUGUUCAGCAGCAGAUACUAACCCACAUCAAAGCAAAAUACUAGAAAUUGAAAAUAAUACAAAGUGCUAUAAAUAUUUGGCAAAUUAUAGCAGCAUCUGUGAAGGAAGAAUUAAAUGAACUUUACAACGUUGUAUACUGCAUGAUGUAAGACUUCAUGGUCAAGGUUUGUACAAGCUAGUUGGAUUUCCAGAUAUCAGAAGCAGGACAAGUUAAUAACCUGAACACGGACAGGCAUUAGGAAGGUUUGAGGAUUAUUGGUCAAAUUUCAGGAAUUUUCAAACUGGGUUGUUUUGGGCUUAAGAGUGAUAGUUACGGCAUUCCUAACUUUAACAUUCUUCCUUUACUCGGUUGCUCACUUAGGUUGCUGUUCAGAUUGUUGUGCAGCAUGACCCUGGACGUUUUGAGGAGUGCCUAUAAUAGAAGUAUUAUGGUGACAUGUUAGGGCAUUGGAUAACAACGGUUCACUGUUUAUCGCGAGCUGCACAUUCCUGAUUUCAGGCUGGGGUGUGUUGAAGGGCCUGCUGCCUGUCCAGGAGAGCAAGAAAGGAAGGUGAUGCAGGAAGGAGAGUGUGGUCUCAUAUCCAUUUAAUGGUCAGUGCAAAGCAACCUGGGAGCUCUCGAAACAAAUUGGCCAGCAGGUGUGCCCUGUGCAGACAGUGUUAGAAAUAUCAGACUUCAACUAGGUAACUCAGUGCUAAUCACUGUAACUAAAAACAUGGAAUUAUUUACUGGUCACAGUAUGGUGUUGUUUUUAUCCAAUAAAGAUUGCAAUUCAAAUGCUUGAAAAGUAAAAAUGACAACAAUUAAUAAUAGGGACUCAUUCCUGAAGAAGGGCUUUUGCUCGAUCUUCCUGCUCCUCGAAUGCUGCCUGACCUGCUGUGCUUUUCCAGCACCACUCUAAUCUAGAGUAAAGAUAUACUGUCAUGUGCUGGUGUGCCACUGUGUACAAUCAUAUCUUCAGUUCCAUAGUAUCAAACAGCCUACCAUUAUUGACUCAUCUACCCUCCAUCAUGAGAUAUUUUCUAAUCAAGCCCAUCACAGAUGCUAAGACACACCUCCAUAGCACUUGAACUUGGGCUUCCUGGCUCAGAGGUAGGGACACUGCCACUGUACCUCAAGAGAACCACCCCCCACCCCUCACCCCUUUUAGAAGUUAGGAUCAACUUGUUUCCUUCCCAGAUGUUUUUUUAGUCAACCUUUUCAGCGAGAUUAUUACAUACUGGUGAAUGGAGCAGAUGGGAUUUGAACCCAGGUGUUCUAACUCAGGGGUGACCACAGGAUAACCUCCAGUGAUAGUUUCAAUAAUAUACAGCUGAGGUUCACAAUUCAGAAAUUCUUACGAUCUCAUCAGCUACUUAUUGGCAUUUGAACCCGUGUCCACAGAACGUUAACUUUGGUUCUCCUUCCUAUCGGAAAGAUGUUGUGAAACUUGAAAGGGUUCAGAAAAGAUUUACAAGGAUGUUGCCAUGGUU